AUGUCUUCGAUUAGGUUUGACAUAACUGUUGGAACGACAGAGCUCGCUCUGUUCGUUACCUUGUUCUUGUUUUUCAGCAUUUUCAAACUUCUGUUUUUCCUCGCUACUUUUGCCUUUAUAUAUGCCUUACUGAACAGAAAUCCGGCGGAGCUCAAACUUCUUCUUGCGAAGAUGGAACACAAAGCCGCAGAGCUGGUGGCUAUUCUGAAGAACGCCAAUCUAGCUAUCGAUGCCAAGGUUACUUUUCUGAACGGCGUCAAGUCCGACAUCAAACAGAAAAACGUCCCCGAGGACGCAGUCCCAUCUAUCUUUGAGGCCUUGCGGUUGUCCAUCGGCUCCCAACAUUUGGCACUUCUGUCUGCUGGGUACUCUACACUGGGCCACUUCCUCAAGCGUCUUUUCAUUCAGGGACAACAUGAUUUGGUUGCUUUGCAAGGUCGUCACCUUUAUCCCCUGCUUUUGGAGCGCCUGGGUGAUCACAAGGAGCGGAUUCGAGCCCAGGCGGCCCAAGCCUUUACUGACAUAUGGCCUGCUGCUGGUCGCGAAGUUGAACAAUAUGUGCUGGAUCUUGCUCUUGCAGGCAAGAAUAACCGAGCAAAGGAAAUGAGCAUGCUCUGGCUUGCGAACAUGACGAAGAAUCAUGGGUUGCUCUUCCGUUCGUACGUUCCGAGCCUCGUUGCAUGUCUGGAGGAUGCCGAUAGUACCGUUAGAGAUACGGCUAAGUCGACGGUGGUCGACCUGUUUCAGGACGCACCCGCACAUGCCAAGUCUGACCUUCGAAGACAAAUGAGCGAGCAGAAAGUCAGGAAGUCAAUUGUCCACACUAUUCUGGCUAAUAUUGGCCUGGACUCCGAUGAGCCAGAGCAUCUUUCUCGUCCGGCUUCCCGCGUUAGUCAACGUCCGGCUUCCCGCGCGAGUCAACGUCCGGUUUCGCGGGCUUCGCGGUCUGAAAGUAUUGACACGGUCAUUCGCCAUCUUGCCGGGCCCGUCUCCCCUCAGAAGCUUACUGCCAUCGCAGCGCCCGAUACAGUGACCCCGCGACUUCCCCGGCCCGUCUCCCCUCAGAAGACUACUGCCAGUGCAGCGCCCGACACAGUGACUCAACGGCUUCCACGACCCGUCUCCCCUCAAAAGCCUACUGCCAGCGCAGCACCCGAUACUACUACUCAACGUCUUCCACGGGGCGGGAAGCCUACUGCCAUCGCAGCGCCUGAUAAUGUGACUCCGCGGCUUCCACGGCCCGUCUCCCCUCAGAAGCCUACUGCCAGCGCAGCACCCGAUACUACUACUCAACGUCUUCCACAGGGCGGGAAGCCUACCGCCAGCGCAGCGCCUCCCAAGUCGACGCCUGGCACUAUCUUGCAAGAGGAUGAAAACGUUGAACCGCUCAUCGUUUCAUCUUCCCGAGAAUUGGAUAAUAUCUUUCGUACCAUGAUUCCUUACUUCGAAGGACGUGAGUCCGAGGACAACUGGAUGCACCGUGAGAAGAGUGUUCUCACCCUCCGUCGGCUCUUGCAUGGCAAUGCACCUCAAGCUUACCCUCAACCACUAAUGUCGGCCAUUAAAUCGAUGCUGGACGGCAUUUUCAAGGCUGUCAAUUCACUUCGAACCACGUUGGGAGCAAAUGGCUGCCUCCUGGUUCAGGAUAUCGCCACACAGUGUGGUCCAAGUAUGGAUUCUAGCAUGGAGAUUAUCAUGCAGAACCUCAUUAAGCUGUGUGCCAGCAUGAAGAAGAUCACCGCGCAGAAUGGAUAUACCACUGUUGACAUCGUCAUUGGGCAUGUGUCAUUUACGCAACGUAUCCUGCAGCACAUUACUAGCGCCUCACUGGACAAAAAUGUCCAACUGCGUCUGUAUUCAGCUGGGUGGAUGAAAACGUUAAUCACUAAGCAAGCCAGCAACAAGGCUUCCAUUGAACACGGCGGCGGUCUUGAACUAAUUGAAAAGGGUCUCAAGAAGGGCCUCUCUGAUGCCAACCCUGACGUUCGCCAAGCAAUGCGGCGCACUUUUUGGACGUUCUAUAACGUUUGGCCCAUCAGAGCCCAAGCUAUAAUGUCCGAUCUGGAUGUUAAAUCACGGUCGCUGCUGGAGAAGGAUCCAGCAAAUCCGAAUGUCGAACACGCGAACACCGAUGUCUCGAAGACACCGGCAAAACCACCGCGAAGCGUUGCUGCUCUCAAAGAGGCAAUUGCCGCGCAUAAGAAAAAAUAUUACGCUCCGAAGCAAGCAUUACCCCCGCGACCUGAGUCGUCCUCCUCUCAUGUCUCAUCUCUGUCUUCCGCCCCUAUGCGGCCAGCGGCGAAGAAGCCUCAACCCGCCAUUCGAAACACGAACGAACAGACGCAGCCUGUCAUUGCCUUGAAAGAAAGCGAAGACAACUCCUUGAAUCAGGAUAUCACCACUGUAUUGAAAGAGAGUGAAGUGAACUCCUUGAAUCAGAACAUCGUCACUGCUUCAAAAGAAAACAAAGUGAACUACUUGGAUCAGGAUCAUGCAAAUAUCUGGAAAGAAAAUGAAGUGAACUCCCUGAAUCAGGACAUUGUCACUGUUACAAAAGAAAGCGAAGCGAAUCACUUGGAUCAAGAUCAUACCACGGCUUGGAAAGAAAGAGAAGCGAAUCACUUGGAUCAGGAUUGUGCCACCAUCUGGAAAGAAAGCGAAGCAAACUCCUUGAAUCAGGACAUUGUCACUGCGUCAAAAGAAAGCGAAGCGAAUCACUUGGAUCAGGAUCAUAUCACGGUUUGGAAAGAACAUGAAGCGAAUCACUUGGAUCAGGAUUGUGCCACCAUCUGGAAAGAAAGCGAAGCGAAUCACUUGGAUCAGGAUCAUACCACGGUUUGGAGAGAGAGUGAAGCGAAUCACUUGAAUCAGGAUCAUACCACAGUUUGGACCGAAGGUGAAGCCAGCUCAUCUCAUAAGGAGGAGAUUCAGGAAAGGUCAAACGAAAACGACUUUUUCGAGCAAUCCUGCCAUCCCACGCUAGGAUUGGUCGAGACAGCAGAGGAGGUUACCAGACCAACGAGUCAGAAAGAAGUUGUGGAUAGUCCUUCCGAGUCCACCCCAUCGAAACUUGACGAGAAUCAGGAUUCACCACUCCCGCCGUUGCGCGUUGCACGUACCCGUCGUGUCAGUGUCAGUCUUCGGGCGGAGGAUUAUACCACUGCCGCUAGGCGGAAUUUGGAAAACUCCAUCCCUCGGAUACUCUCCAGGGAUAUGGACCUUCUUGGUUACCACAAGUUGCAGCGUCUGAUUCAGUUCCAUGAUCGGAUAUAUGAUGAAGAGGACCAAUACAUGGUGUUCCUCAACGCACUCCUUGCUGAGCUUGAAAGGGCACCCGAAGCGAAGCAAGUGGGUAGCCGCCGUCUUCUUGAUUACAAAACUCAAGUACUUGCCACAGUCAAAUGCACCUUUCAACACCUGAAGAAAUUGGUGGAAGACCCAUCUGCUUCCACAAUAACACUGGGCGGGUUCUGUACUCGCAUCCUUAAGGCGCUUGUCAGGGCAAGAAUGCAUUACGAGGGAUCCUGCUAUCUCGCGUCAGGAAUGGCCAAAAUGGCAGAAGAGGUUAUCGCACAGACGGAUCAGAUAGAAGCUGUGGAUACCCUCGUGCUUAUGAUGAUGGACGAGGACCUCAGCACCCGUUCCCUGGCAAUGGGAUUCACUAUAUUGACCACGAUUUUACGGAGAAUGAAUACUUCGGGAUACCGUCUUCCCCCUCGCUUGGUUGAAAAGGUCGGUGGUCCGGCUUCCCGUUAUCUAACGGUGAGACAUUCGGAAGUGAGGCAGCAGGCUACGCAGCUGGCCGUCCAGCUACGGAAGAUGACGCCCAACGAGGGGAGUUUUUGGAAGCUGUUGGGGGAGCCCAACGAGAACUCAAGAAAAUUAUUGACUUAUUAUAUUGCUAAAGGAUGA